AUGUUGUGGAAAUUAGCAGACAACGUGAAAUACGAGGAUGACUGCGAGGACAGACACGACAGCAGCAAUGGGAACCCUCGGCUGCCACACCUGCCCGCGGUCAGCCAGCACAUAUACAGCCCCUCUCCUUCGCUCUCACACAGCGCUGCCUCGGACUUCCAGCCUCCAUACUUCCCCCCUCCGUACCAACCCAUCUCCUACCCUCAAUCCGGAGACCCCUACUCCCAUCUGGGCGACCCGUUCAACAUCAACUCCCUGCACCAGUCCCAGUCCUCGAACCAGCAGCAGCAGUGGCCCGGGAGGCAGGCCCAGGACGCGCUCGGGUCUCAUGGAAGAGCGGGGAUUGCGAGUCAGAUCCUCGGCUUGGACAGCGGCGCUUCGGGCGUGAGGAGAGGCGAGGGCUUCAGGAGGCCGGAGCUGCUGGCGGGAGGCACGCACGGUCACGCCAUAGACUCGUCGGUGAUCGGUGAUAUGGGCAUGCACGAUUUGGGACAUGGACUCGACGAUGUGCAGCACGUGGACGACCACAGCAUCAUCAUGGCCGAUCAGACGGUCAUCAAGAAAGUGUUAGGCCUGCGAGGUGCCCGAAACCUUGAACGAAUUCAGAGGACAUAUUAUGAGGGGGGCAUGCUUGCUGGCCCCGUAUCGCUGCCCAAAGGAAACGCAGUGGGCCUUCCCUUCCAGAAAGAGUCCCUGUUAGGAAUGGUGUCCAACCCCACGGAGGUCUUCUGCUCGGUGCCCGGCCGCCUGUCUCUGCUCAGCUCCACCUCCAAAUACAAAGUGACCGUGGCCGAGGUGCAGAGACGCCUCUUGCCCCCGGAGUGCCUCAACGCCUCACUGCUGGGAGGAGUUUUACGAAGGGCCAAGUCAAAAAAUGGCGGCCGGUCUUUGAGAGAAAAGCUGGAUAAAAUCGGCCUCAACCUGCCCGCGGGACGGAGGAAAGCAGCCAACGUUACUCUGCUCACGUCUCUUGUUGAAGGUGAAGCGGUUCAUUUAGCCAGAGACUUUGGUUACGUGUGCGAGACGGAGUUUCCAGCCAAAGCCAUCGCAGAGUACCUGGGCCGGCCGCACGUGGAUCGCAGCGAAGUCAACUCUCGAAAGAACAUGCUACUAGCUGCCAAGCAAAUCUGCAAAGAGUUCACUGACUUACUAACCCAGGACCGUUCCCCUCUGGGUAACUCCCGCCCUGCACCCAUCCUGGAGCCGGGCAUCCAGGGCUGCCUCACCCACUUCAGCCUCAUCACCCACGGCUUCGGAGCGCCCGCCAUCUGCGCCGCCAUGACCUCCCUUCAAAACUACUUGAAUGAAGCCCUCAAGCAAGCGGACAAGAUGUACCUGAGCGAUAACCAAGGCUCCUCGGACAGCGGCAGCAAAUCCUCCGACAAAAUGGACAAGCACAGGAAAUGA